CCACUGCAAGAUGCAGCAUCAUUAAAUCAAAUUGAGCAAGGAUGGUCUGAAACCAAUGCUGAAGAAAUCCAAGGACACAAAUACAUGGAAACUUGAAAAGACAACUUCCCUUUGCAAAAUUCAAGAUCAAAGUGGAAAAAUCAUUGGUGUUGCCCAUUUUUAUAAAUCCCCUGUGAAAUCUUCAUUUGCUAGAAUGGACAGUUUGAAUCCUGAUUCGAGUAAGCAUGAUAUGCCAGUUGAAAAAAAUAAUGACAAAGAUGGACAAGUUAUUCAUGCCGCCGAAUUGGACACUAGCAAAUCGAUAAAUGACAGUAAAAUGCUUCAAGAAAUUUCCGAAACCAUUAUACCAGUAGAAAACACUUGUGGUAGCAUUUGCAAAGUCAGUUAUUGUCAAAACUUUGCAGCAAACCAGAGACUUGUUGAUUUUUUAACAAAUUUUGAGUUAAAUAAAUUUUCAGGAGACAUGUCUCAUGGAAAUGCUAAAGAGCUUUCAAAUGUACAUGAUUGUAGUGAUUAUUUAAACGCGACGUCUCUUGAGGAAUCCAAGAAAUAUUCAAAAUGCAAUCUCUCAAAGAGUAGUGUAGAUGGUAAAUUUGAUACAAUCACCCGUACCAUUUCUAACUCAACACACAAAAUUCCCAUUGAUGAGCAAGCUUUAGUCAUCAAUAACAACAUGUCACAUAGCCCUGGUCUACGUCACACACAUUCUGAUAUUCGUGGUGUUUUGUCGCACGGGACUUUUGAACCUCCGCAAAACAAACUGUCAAAUAACAGUUUUGUCGUUUCGCCUUCGUUUCAAAGUAACGAUAAUCACGCCAUCAGACUUGGAUGGUGUUCGAGAACUUGCACCGAAAGUACGUUUCAACCGCUCUACAGAAGUGCGUCGAGUAGGGACGUGGAUGUUGAUUCCGACUUAAAGAUCAACAUCAACGAUGGCACAUCAUCUGGUACCUGUAAUGACGCAAUUGCACCGCACGACUUGUUUUUCGUCCGGUCUGUCAACAAUGAUACAUCAUCUGGCAAGAUCGUGGCAAGCAAUGCCAAAUCGUCCACAAAAACUCAUAGAUUCUCAGUUGAAGAAUUUGGUAAACCUUGUGGAAUGAGCAAAGUAGACGUACCUCGAGAUCAGGCAAUUGAUAGAAAAUCCAUUCACGAGUGGUUUUAUCAAAGUUCUGCGGACUUGCAUUCUAAAUAUCAUGAAGGCAGCUGUCCUGAAGGAUUUUUGAAGAGCAAACCACGUGUUGAUAAUCAACCAAUCGGCGACUACGGUUUUCAGUUUAAGGGCAAAGUAAAUUCAGAAAGGAACGAACAACAAAGAAAUAAAAUGAUCGACGAGGAGAAUAUUAGCAAGAAUACUGAACGCUGGUUUCCUGAAGAAACCAAGGAAGGCUCGAGGAAUAUUGAAACUUUUGAAUCUCUUGAUGCCAUAAAUAACCUAGGGGGAUAUCCGGCGAGCUCCUUUCCCAAUGAAUCAGAAUCUGUUUUAGAAUCCGCUCUUGUUCCAGAAGUAUCUCAUGAUCGAAACAGUGGUCUGACUAGUCCAGGAACGAAGGAAUGUUGUGAUACUUCCUCCAGUACCCUCGAGGAUUAUGUCUCUUUGGAUCGCAAUUUACAGUGCCUGCAACUGGCAUCCGAAAGUUCUUUUAAUUCUAUCUCACCUGAAAUCGACGAUCAUGUUCAAAAGCAUGUUUGCCGUGAAUCUGUUUCCUUUGAUGCCAAAGUAACACCUGAAUCAUUCAAGGUUUCAAAAACCAAUCGAAACGAACUUAAUUGUCCACUAGGGAUACUCAGAGAUAGAUACCAAGAUAUUCAGGGAUACCAUUCGACUGUAUUUGAGUCCGAAAAAAAUUUCGAACCUUCCGAGCAUAUCACAUGGCCAGAAACGCCUGCCUUAUUGCAUUUAACAAACCAUUCCGACUAUGUGUCUUUCGUAAACAGCACAACUCAAAGCAAAUCACCUCACGUUCCCAUCCAUACAUGGAAGAGUUCCGAAACAGAGUUACGUGACAUCGGGAUUGGGCUUCCUGUUCCUGGUGAGACAUUCAAAAUGCAAACUGAGUUAAUGCUGGACUGGUUCAAGCAGUUCAACGAUGAACAGAGGAAUAUUCUACUAAAGAAGAUCCUUUCCUGCUGCGAUAUGCCUCAAAUGCAUCUUCUUUCCGUAAUGAUGGAGAACAAUCUUCACAAAUCGUGUCCACCAAAUUGUCAGGACAUGUUGGUGUGGCUGCCACACACCGUGACGCUGAAAAUACUUAUGUACUUGGACCCGGUCAGCUUGUGCCGCUGUAAUCAAGUUAACCGCGCCUGGAAAGAACUUUCGGACAAUCCCUUGUUGUGGCAACGAUUAACCAGAAAUCCCGAUCAUCGGUUGUCUGAAGCAAGCAGCAAAAGGCAGUUCCAAAAGUUUACUCUACCAACUGGCGAUAUUCAUUGGAAAAAAGUGUUCGCCGAGCGAUACCUUCUUCAGAAGAACUGGUUGAAUGGAACGUAUACGCUUCGCACAUUUGAAGGACAUCAUCAAGGUAUUGCUUGUGUUCAAUUUGACGACACAAGAAUCGUGAGUGGUUCUUCUGACAAGACCAUUAAAUUAUGGGAUAUAAGCAACAAGCCGACCGAACUUAUGCUCACGCUCGAAGGGCAUUCCGGGACUGUCCGCUGUCUCGAUCUGAACGGAAACAGACUGGUCAGCGGUUCAACAGAUCGUACCAUCAAAGUGUGGGAUCUGUCAUUUGCGUCUUACUGGUCAGGUGCUUCAUGUAAAGUCACUAUGGUGGGACAUUUCCAUACGGUGCGCUGUUUACAGGCUGACGAGGGGAAACUGGUGAGCGGUUCGUACGACAAAACAGUAAAAGUUUGGGAUUUGAAAACGGGAGAAUGCAGGUUGACAAUGAGAGGACACACUGCCGCUGUAUUGUGUGUGCAAUUUGAUGAACAAAAAAUUGUGUCUGGGUCUUACGAUAAGAAGAUAAAGGUUUGGGAUUUACACGAAGGGACUUGUUUAAUGACAUUGGAUGGCCACCAGGAUGCAGUCACGUGUCUAAACUUGACCCAUGAUGGUAUGAAGAUCAUAACUGGCUCCUUGGAUUAUUCUCUUAAAUUCUGGGAUCUUUGUACCGGAAAGUGUUAUGGAACAUUAGACUGGAUCACCUCGGAGGGUCAUACAGCAGUUGUAAGAUGUUUGCAGGUGGACAGCUGGCGAAUUGUAAGUGGCGGAGAUGAUAAAACGCUAAAAGUAUGGGAACUCGCAACCGGGCAACGUCUGCUCACGCUUCGUUACCAUAGUGAUGGUGUCACGUGCAUGCAAUUCAAUGACUUUGCGAUUGUAUCAGGGUCGUACGACAGAACUGUGAAACUUUGGGAUUUUACUCCUAAACAUCCCUAUCUCGAGACUUUAUAUUGAAGUGACAACUGGAGACGACUGCUUGCACUUCGUUGCCUUGAUAAAUACGUCAGGUGUAUGAUUGUAGUUAGGUCACGUUGUCUUUGAAGAAACUGCCCCAGUUGAACUGUGUGACUACACUCUAAACAUCCAUGCUUGCGUCAUUUAUUUAAAUUAUAUCAACAAAGAGAUUGUACAUUGA